UAUUCACGCUUCUCUCUCUCCCUCUUUCGUUCCUUGUCAAAGCCGGCGGUGGAGCUCGCAUCGAUCCAACUCUUCCGAUCUGUAAGCAGGAACAUGCUUGGUGAGCAGACUCUUUUUUCCCUUGGUAGCUAGUUGAUGCAUUGGUUGCUUGCCUGCAGCUAUGAUUCUAGCUCGCCAUCGGAUUUGUUAUAAACUGGAGUACUACAUAACAAUCUUCCAACAGAAAAUCACAAGACGCUAUGGCUAGCAAACGGAUUCAGAAGGAAUUAAUGGAUUUGCAGAGGGAUCCUCCAACAUCAUGCAGUGCUGGACCUGUUGGGGAAGAUCUCUUCCAAUGGCAGGCAACAAUCAUGGGUCCUGCAGACAGUCCUUAUGCAGGUGGAGUGUUCUUUGUUAAGAUACAUUUUCCACCUGACUAUCCAUUUAAGCCUCCAAAAGUCAACUUCCAGACAAAGGUUUAUCACCCCAAUAUCAACUCGAACGGAAGCAUCUGCCUCGACAUCCUCAAGGAGCAGUGGAGCCCUGCACUGACGAUAUCAAAGGUCCUCCUCUCCAUCUCCUCCCUUCUUACAGACCCCAAUCCUGACGAUCCUCUCGUCCCUGAGAUCGCCCACACGUACAAGAUGCAGAGGUCUCAAUACGAAGAGACAGCUCGAGCAUGGACGCAGAAGUAUGCUAUGGGUUGACAGCACCCCCACCUCGAAUCCAAACUGAGAUGUGUAAUAUGUUUAUGAGAACUAAGAAUAACAAUCCUUCUCCUUCAUGUUGUAUUUGAAGACCCUAAAAGAUCAAACUGAGCUCUCAUGGCAUGAUCUGAAUGUAUAAUAGUUCGGAAUUGGAAAUCAUACGUGCAGAUUUUUCACUGGGCAUUUUCU